AUGCCUACUUUGGAAGGAGCGGAACACUGCAUCGACAGCAACGGCUUCUUUCAGCUAGAGGAGCAACCGAAGAAGGUAGCAGUGAUUGGCGCGGGGUACAUCGCUGUGGAGCUUGCUGGGGUAUUCCAGUCAUUGGGGACGGACACCACGCUUCUGGUUCGACGUGACAGGCCCCUCCGCUCAUUUGACUCUCUGAUGGUAGACACUCUGAUGUCAGAAAUGGGCAAGUCGGGAUUGACGGUCAGACCUCACACCACGACGAAGAGCGUGACGAAAGAGGCUGACGGCACGCUAACGCUUACUCUGGAGGACGGAGAAAGCCUGGGAGGCUUUGACCAGGUCCUUGUAGCAGCCGGUCGCGAACCAAUCCUGGACAAGCUUGGGUUGGAUAGCGCAGGGGUGAAGACCGACCGAGGGCACAUCACGGUGGAUGAAUUCCAGAACACGAACGUGGAAGGGGUUUACGCCGUGGGGGAUGCAUGCGACAAGAUGGUGGACUUGACACCUAUGGCGAUCGCGGCAGGGCGACGGCUGUCUGACCGUCUCUUUGGUGGUGUCGACGGCGCUAAGGCGGACUACAACAACGUCCCGACGGUGGUUUUCUCGCACCCGCCAAUCGGUACGAUAGGCUUGACAGAAGAGCAAGCUAUCAAGGAGCACGGAGAGGACAAGAUCAAGAUCUAUACUAGCACGUUCGUGAACCUGAUGUACGGCCCGUGGAAGAUCGACCCAAGCGAAAAGAAAAAAUCUGCCAUGAAAAUGAUUUGUCUCGGAGAGGAGCAAAAGGUGAUAGGCCUCCACGUCAUAGGCGAGGGCGCAGAUGAGAUGAUGCAGGGUUUCGGGGUGGCGAUGAAGCUAGGAGCGACCAAGGCCGACUUCGACUCCUGUGUGGCCAUUCAUCCUACGGCCAGCGAAGAGUUUGUUACCCUUCCUCCGUGGGGAUUGGACAACGGGAAGAGAAGUCAAUUGUAGACUGGAUGGUCCCCGACCGUUGUUUCGUGUCGAACGUUGAUACAGUGGGCACGCCGCCAAGAUUAUUUGGCAAACAUGUCUUGAACGGUAACGCCUGCAAGCCAGCAAUAGAGAUGUAUCUGCCCUUGCUGGGUGUCGUGAAGACAAGCGUUUUGUUUACAUGCAAUCCUUUUUGAUCCUUUCGUUCCGCCACGAAGCAAACCGCGUCAUGCGCCAUGCUCCCCUUUCCGUCCAUUUCGCCGGGAUUUUCGGUUCAGUCCGAUACCAUGGUACGCUUGACUAUGCCCUGCAGUGAACGAGAGAGGAACAACAGGGCAAUAAUUCAAAGUUGAACUUCUGUGUGACCAGCGGCGAUAUUUACGUGCGUUGGUACAAAAGUCCAGCAAGCCUACCUUGUGACUUGUGUCAGGCUGGAAAGUGAGAACGAACUACACACCCCAUUUUUGUCCAAGACACGUCGAAGCUGAUGCUGAAUACCAUGUUUGCGUAGGUUACGUUUUGAAGCUCGGUAAAAGUGAACGACCCAAUAUGACUCCCUCAC